CGCGACUUGACAUCUCCGCGUCUCCCACCGAUACCCAUUGUAUUUGCUCUGCACGCUGCGAAAGAUGAGCUCGACGAAAUAUGCCAAUCUGCCCGACAUCGACACGGCGCCGGACAUCUACGAGACAGAGGAGACCUUCAACUCGAAUGUUGCAAACUCCAAAGGCGACGAUGACGAGGACGAUAUUCCCUCCCGGUCGCGCAUGCGCACGACGGACAGUGCUUUCAGGCAGGCCAACCCAGACGAGCUAGAUACCCGAACAGUCAAUCCAGAAGACGCGCAGAAGAAGUUUCGCAAGGCAGAGCAGCGCAGAGAACGCUUCCGCUCGCGCUACACAUAUCCCCCAUCCCCCUCGCGUUCCCAGUCGCGGUCCCCGAGCAAGGAACGGCCCGUACCGAUCUCCAAGCGCCUGCUGGCUAUCCAGGCCGAGCUCGAGAGCAUCGAGGCCGAGGUCAGCGAGUCCGCGAAGGAGAAGAUCGUGAGCGAGGAGAACAUCGAUCCGGGCGAGCUUAUACGCGGCCUGACGGAUGUGCGGAGGAGGCUGGGGCAGAUUAAGAAGGAUAAGGAGGGGAGGGGGCGGUUGGUGGAGAUGAUUACGAGCGAGGAGGCGGAGAAGUUGCGUGUGGGCGAAGGGGAGGGAGGCGAGGGCAAGGAGAAGCCGAAGAAGGGGGAGGAGAAGGCGGAGGUGAGGAGCGUGGUGGAGAUUGAUAAGAGGGUGGGCGAGCUGGAGAAGCUGGUGGGGGCGACGACGACGGUGCUGGAUGAGACGACGCCGCUGCCGGCCCCGCUGUUGCCCAUGCUCAGCCGAUUGCACUCGCAGUUAACACUGCUCACGCAACCUCGUCACAUCGACUCGAUAUCUCGCCGCCUCAAGGUCCUUCUCACGGACUUGGAUCGCGUCUCACAAGCUCAGCAUGGCCAUCGGAGGCAUCCUUCCCAGACGAAGGACCAGUCGCAAGCGGCUGCCCCUUCACCACUCUCCGAACAACUGAUGCCGUUGCUGAACCGCCUGUCACCCGCUCUGCCGCACAUCCCGCACAUCCUCACUCGCCUGAGGACGCUGUCGCAGCUGCACACAUCUGCCGCCGAGUUCCAAUCUACGCUAGAAGGACUCGAGGAGGAGCAGAGGAAGAUGCGGGAAACGCUCAAUGACUUGGAGAGCGCGGUUGCCAGCGUAGAGAACAGCCUGAAGGAGAACAGGGAUCUGGUGAAGGGCAAUGUCGAGGGCCUCGACAGCCGGGUGGACGACGUUGUGAAGCGCCUGGAGGCAUUGCAGCACUGAUAUUCCUGUAGCCGCAUAUCGAUUAUCCAUCUCCAGGGGACCCUUGUGUCUCUACUUUACCCUGUUCGUACCCAGUGGAAUGCAUACUCACGAUGGCGCAGUAUCAGCGCACAUAUCCCGGA